CGUUCCUAAUUUUCUGGCGGCUCCCCCCUUCCUCUUCCUUCCCAUUCUCCUGCCUUUUCGCUCUCCCUUUUAUCUGUCUUUUCCCUUCUCCUUCCCUCUCCCUCUGUCUCUCUUUUUAAGGGGGGGGGGUUGCUCCUUUCAACGCCCAGUACCUACUCUCCUCUCUCGCUAUUUAUCGAGGCAUAUUUUUUUUCAACUUUCUUCCAAUUCUGGGCAUCAGCUCAAUCGUCACAUUGAUCGUCGCGAGACCCGUGGUCGGUUCUUCAUCAAUCUCAAUCGUAGGAGGGGCGCUCCAUUCGCAGGUUUCUGAGCCCCGUGUGCCAAUUCCAUUCCAUCGAGGCCCGGGGAUUUGAUCACGCAACAGCUGCUUUCUCGCCAGUUUUAUUCCGAGUGUCGAGCGCUCCUAUGCACCUAACUCCAGGCUGUUGGGCUGAAGAUAUCGUUGGUCGAACCAUGGCAACCUUCACGGCGCUAAAUGGAGGCGAACAGAAAGGUCCCGAGAUUCCUAGUGGAAGUCCUACCUCCAUACCCGGGGUCUCUGAAGAGGAGCGGCCGGCUCGCCAGGGAGUCCCCAAGGAACCCAGAGCCGAAGAGAACUCUUCGAGUCAGAGGGAACGCUGGCCAGCAUCCGGGACCGACCGACCGCCUUAUCAACCAAACGCCUACCCCAGCACCGAUGGCCUCCACAAGCGCAAACGAUCGCUUUCUCACGAUUCCCAGGGGGAUGGACCAGGCACUCGAGACCAAGAACAGCAGUCCCAGUCGGAAUCACGUGACGUAUAUGUCACUGCGCAGCGAGAGCAUAGGCAGCUCGGCGAGGAGAGUCGGGAACACCAUGAAUCUUGGUAUACGCCACAAGGACGCAUAGACGAUCGCAACGCGUACGACCAUCAGAGCUCUACUGGAUUCGUUACCUCGCCAACCGACCAACCGGCGGGCGAUUCGCUCCGAAGAGCGGCUCCCCACCCGACGGAAUCUCAGCACGAUUACUCGGUGACGAGUCCUGAUGGCGAGGACGGUGCCGUAAUCUACAGCGGCACCUACACGACGGGGCCAAGGAAAGGUGAUGCCGUGAUCCAGUCGGACCCGAAAAAGCGGAAGCGCAAUUUCAGCAACAGGACAAAGACUGGUAUGGCGGGGCCGGUCGCGCGUUUCCUGAGGUGUCACAAGUGCGCAAGCGCUCUCAAAGACCCGAGGAGGAAGAAGAAGUGCGACGAGACUAAACCGCAAUGUACCAACUGUGUUCGUGGCGGAUUCGUGUGCCACGGAUAUCCGAACCAACGAGGUUACCCGAAGAUGGAGAACAAACCCGCCGCCGUUCCGCUCGAGUCCAAGGAUCCCACUGCUACAAGCAGUACGAUGCAAUUGCCGACACCAUUGAGCGGCGUCGAACGACACAAAGAUUACCAGAGGGUGCCACCGCUACACGAUCUAACCCGGACAGAACACGAAACUCCGCACACGACAUCACUCCCGCAGAUCAACAUUCUUCCGCCAACCCGAACUAACAGCCCUCCGGCGCAACCAUCUAACCAACACCCGCCCCCGCCUCCUCCAGCGACAACCAGCCCCCAGGAAGCGGCGCGGCUUGCUCUCUCACAUUCCCACUUCCCGGCCAAAAUAUCUAGAACACAGAAGGAGGAAAUGCUCUCGGGGAAUCAGUAUUAUCCAUUCGACGAGGAACUGGUAAUGGAGAGGCAAAGAUGUAACGCCGCCUGCUGGAGGUUUAACAACUCCACAAACCCUAAUUUUGGAGUUUCAACGGUGGAGCGCUCUCGUCUCUUCCGAGAAAUCCUGAGCCCACAGGAGCCUCUGAACAUUGCUCCACAUCUGGUAACGCCCGUCACCAAAGUUGGCAGUGUCGGGCAGGAUGUAGUCGUCGAAGCGCCGUUUACCUGUGACUACGGCUACAAUAUCAUGAUCGGUAGCAACACGUUUAUCGGCCGGAAUUGCACUGUUAUUGAUCCCAUGGAAAUCAUCAUCGGCAAUAACUGCUAUAUCGGCCCGAACGUCAGCUUGUUUGGUGCUACAUUGCACACCGACCCCAAAAAACGCAAGGGGAGUAAGAGCCCCCACCACGGAGCCUCGAUACAUGUCGACGACGACGUAUGGAUCGGAGGUGGUGCGAUUAUCCUCCCAGGCAUGCGGAUUGGGAAGGGAGCCACUGUAGCCGCUGGGUCGGUAGUCACCAAGCUUAGGAUGUCCCUCCCUUUACCGUCGUGGCCGGCAACCCCUCCCGAGUAACCCGUGGCGCCAUCAGCUGACAGCCCCAACAAGAUUCAGGAAUGAUUCCAUAUCAUUACCCACUCUUUUGCUGCGAAUCAGCUUCUAUACCGGCCUUCAUUGUAUAUAUAGCCUACUUGGUUUGUGGUAUACAAGAAAGACAGGGACGUAUCCUAUGAGAUUUCGAUUCCUAGGUGACGCCGAAAGUCAUACGAUGAUACUGGAUAGAGGCCAGCAUAAAAGCCUUUUAUUGACGUUUUAAGAGAGACAGGAAGCACUAGCGGGACAAGUUUUACCCUUCUGUUCCCCUACCUGAGA